UGAAAAUGGAACCAAUCCUAUCAACAAUACUACAGUUCUCAUCAAAAUCUCCGAGUUCCAAAAAUGCCAAGUCUGCACUUGUCCUGGCCCUUGACGAAGAAGCUAGACUAAAGACUCUCCAAACCCUAGUCAAAAUAAAAAGAACCCUAAAGAUCACCAGUGAGACUCAAGGGGAUAACACAAAGAAAUGCUAUUUCCAAUCUAAAUAAGAAGAGUUUUAAGGAAUAUAUGGAAGAAGCCAAGCAAUUUAGAGAGGUUGAUCAGGGCCUCAGAGAGCUCCAAAGAUUACAAGAAAUUAAGAGAGCCAACCAGUACAAAAUCAAUCGCCUCCAAGGAACCAAGAAGGCCCCUCAAAUUCCAGUGAAAACUCAAGCAAAAGGAUUUUCAAAGCUAGAAAACCAAAAACUCCUUAUGGAAAUACUCGACAUAUUCAAAGCCCACAAUGUUUGCAAGCAGAAAAGGAGGUUAGGGUCAAGAAAGCACAGUAGAAGGUAUUACAGAGGCUUCGACCUUCUCGAACCCCAAAGUCCAUUGAAUAUGAACACAGAUUCUUUAAAAGAUCUUUUAAUAAACAUCUUAUAUGAAACCUCGACUGCUUCCAAGCCAAGCUUGAGGCCUGUACAGUUGCCUAUAAAGAUCUUCCAGCCCCUCUACGAAAGCUCAGGUUCCCCACUGAAUACUUCCAAGCUGAAUUAUUCCUCAGAGGACCUUCAGAUGAUAAUCGAAGUCAUAUUGGGAGAUAAUGAGCUUAAGGAGUUCUUCCAUGACUUAAUAGCUGAUAAAGGAGUAGGGGGUGUUAGUGAGGGGAUGGAGAUGACAAAGCCUGUUUCUGAGACGAGAGUUAAGACUACUAAGAAAAAUAAUUCAACUAAAAAUAAAUUUUGCUUAAAGUUCCAAAACGAGAGACUUCUCUCAAGUAGUGGGUUUAGAAAAUGAGGCCAGACUUCAUAUUCUUUAUUCUCUCAGCAAUCGAGAGCAGGUACUGCCAGUAUAUCUGCUAUCAGAAAAAGACGAAGAGAACGUCUUGAUCAUACCAGGAAAGACUUUAAGAAACAGCCAGCUUUUGAAGAAAAGAAAAAGAAGAAUGUAAAAAGCACUUUAAGAGAUGGAAAAUUAAUGAUCAAAAGAGGAAGAUUUAGAGGAAGAAGCCAGGCAUUAUAAUAAUUUUUAACAAAUCAAACCAUUAAGAAUAAAAUAGAGUCU